GACAGCUGGACCAUUUGCAGCCCUACUAAACACAAUGAGGACGUUUCCUGCUCUGUUUAUCCUCAGCGUCAUCACACUCAGCUGCGCCGCUCCAGUUGAAGAGGAGUCAGUGGUGCGGGAGCGGCGCUUCGUGUCGAGGGUGGAGAACCCGCCGAAGCGGCAGGAGAGCCACGUGUCGGGCAGCGUGGACGGCGGCAUCAGCCGCGACCGCCGCAUCGGCACCAUGGUGCACGGCAGGGCGGACGGCGUCUGGACCAGCAAGGACGGCAACACCAGGGUGGGCGCCGGCGUCAGCUACGGCCGCGUGCACGACGGGCCGGCCGCCGGGCCCGCCUCCAAGGGCGGCUACAUCAACGUCCAGCACAGCUUCCCGGGAAAGUGAGCGGAUGAGAAAGCAGCUGCACAGCGGGCCACACACACACAGCCGGACUCUCGAGCUGUUAAAAGUUCUGAUUAAUUAAUUUAAAAAGAUCGUCUUCAGUUGUACUGAUUAUUUAUUCAAAUCACGCCCUUUUCCGGGGUGUUAAAACUACGUAUUCAGGUGUAUGAAAUUAUUGUACUUGAGAAUACGUAACAUGCCGUCGGGCUAGUCAGUGCACCGACUUGCCAAACCGCAUAUUAUGCGGUUGCAGAUACAAUAAUUGUAUGCACCUGAAGAUGGGAUCUUCACAUCCCGAAACUGGUCACGGUUUGAAUAAAUAAUUAGUACAUCUGAAGCAAAUCGCUUUAAAUUAGUUAAUCAUGCCUCUCAGUUGCGGAUGUCCUACGUACCAAAUAUUGUGUUAAAGCUCUAUUUAUCAUGUACAACUCAACAAUUACCUCCAGUUCAUUUCUCCUUAAUUGCUAUUGAGCAGUGGUUAUAUGUAA